AUGUGGUCGGUUGUACACUUUUUGGAUGACAGCAGUGUUGAAGCGGUCCCUUCCUAUUGGGUAGACAAUGAUAAAUGCGCUUGGCCAAAAAACAACUACCGUGCUGCUAAAUUGAGAGACAAUAGGGCAAAGCCAAACAAAUUUGAAUUCGAUUUUUACAGAGCAAAAGUUCUAUCAAAAAACAUUCCUUCGCUGAUAGUAGCUAAAGAAAAAACAAACCGUGCACAAUUUACAACAGAUAUAUCCGAUUAUGAUGAUAAUAACGAAACACAAAAUCUACUAAUUAGAUCAGCUUCAGGUUCAAAUUUUCAAUCCGUCUCAAGAACUUUUGAUAACAAUUCUAAAUAUAACCUUGGACUAAAAAUUAAAACAAAUAAGAGAGAAAACCUAUCACAUAAGUCAUUGUUUAACGUAUCUGAAUUAUCAGAUGAUGAUGGAUUUAAUAUGCUAUCAGAUAAUUCGAUUGUUGUAAACGAAAAAUAUGAUUCUCCAGUAUUCAAAAAACAAAAAAUAUAUACAUCAUCAGCUAACUCUAAUGAUCAAAAUUUAGAAAAUUCUCCGAGUGCAGAUAUUUCAAUUGAGUCUCAACAAUUAGAUAAUGUUAUUGUAGAAAUUAUUUCUGAUGUCGAACCAGCUAUAGCUGAUAUUCCAUCAACAACUUUGGUUAGUACUGGUAAUAAUGGCAAUUCUAGCUUAUCUAUCCAUAGAAAUAAAGCUAUUAACAAAAAUACCAAUCAACCAAAUUCUACAGAUUAUGGGACAAAUCCAAAAAAUGACAUGGCUGAAUCAGGGUCUCAGAGUAAUAAUAAUGCCGUUAAUAAAACACUCCUGAACUAUAUGGCUUACAUAAAAAUAGAAAUAAACAAAAUAUCUGAUGUGCAGCAGCAAAUAUUGCAACAGAUUUCUGUUUUAAAUGAAGGAUGUAACUCGAACAAAACACCUGCUGCACUAGUUGAAGAAAUCGAUUAUUUUAUAUCCACAUGGCCUCUAUCAAGUCAUGACGAAUUGAAUGAUAUGGAACAAAAAAUACAAUUCGAGAAAGAUUUUAAGAAUAAAGUGGUCUGUGAACUUAUAAGAGUUGGAGGUAAAUCGCUCAAAGACAUGAUCUACAAGAUGAUGAAAAAAAUAUUUGCAGACACACUUCUUCAAAAAUUCACUUACUUUGGCUUAAGAAACAAAUGUAAUUUUUCGACGUUGUAUACAAAUAAAGCAAUCUUUGAUGCUAUAAGAAAAUCAAAAUACAAAGCAGCAACAGACGAUGAAAUAGUUGUCAUAAUUGGAAAAUGGCUCACCACAUCAUCGUCAAGAAUAGAAAAAAAAUAA